AUGGGCAAGUCUGCUAUGAAGAAAGCAGAGAAGCCGACGGCGGCUGUGAAGCAGGCCAAGCUGAAGGAGAAGCGGCAGGAGACCCUCCGUAAGGAGCAGCUGCAGGUCUUGUCUUCGGACAAGACCAACCAGGCGCUGAUGGUGGAGCAGGUCUUAGGAUGGUUCGAAACCCAUCCUCGCGGCUUUGAACACAUUCAUCGGUCGAUCAUGUUGGGCUCCUAUGACGCUCUCGACUCCCGCAUGGCCUUGGACCCGGAGAGCGACACUCGCCUUCCAGCCUAUAUGAAUAAAUGGAGGCUGUUGAGCAUCGGCUUGGGCUUGGAGAUCCUCCACGAAGUCGUGCCUGCUGUUGCCUCCUUCGUGAACAAGCAGAUGCAGAGGGGGGCGAAGCUGAGCAAAACCGAUGUGGCUGAGAUCGUGGCCUUCGCCUUGCAUGUCGACCUCAACGGGGCUCUUCCCAGCAAACAGAAGACGACGCUCAUCCAGUGGUCCGUCAAGAGGAGCGAGGAGUCGGCAUCGCCUUUGAAAUCCUGGACUUCGUCUUCCGAGCCCAAGAGCGAGACGUGGCAGGACUUUCAGAAGCACCCGCUGUAUCGCUACUGGCACUUUGAGCACGGGCAGGAUGACCCGGACAAGACGACCUUCGGCUUCGUGCGGUACCUCAACACCGACAUUCGCCUUCGCAUUCCCAAGGAGCUCCGCGGCUUCGAGAUGAGCGGGCCCUGGCUGUUCCACACGACCUUCAUCAAUGGCUGCAUCAAGAUCCCUAUGCAGCACCUCUUCAAGGAGAAUGCCGAGGAGGUUGCUCAACUUCCCGAAGCGCCGCUAUGCAUGGAUUCGGUGCCUUCGAAACUGCCCGAGACGAAGACGACGCCGCCCAAUGACACUGAGACGAAGACGAAGCCGCAGGAGAAGGAUGCGCCGAAGACACCCAAGAAGCGGACCCAGCGGUCGGACCCGAAGACACCGAGUUCCAGCCGCAGCUCGAAGUCGGCGAAGACCGAUGCUGUCAGCCCGCCGCCUUCGUCUGCGAAGUCGUCCAAGUCCAAGCAGUGA